UGUACACACACACAUGCUGCACACACACACAGCUCACCUCCAUAACAAAAAAAUGGAUGUCAGGGAGAUGUCAUUUGUUGUCACAGAGCAAAUAUUUACCAGAAAGUGUCCCUCUGUUUGAACCGGAACAGUGAUUAACUCUUCUUACAGAAACUAUCGAUGUCACCACAAUAUCAACAUAACAGUGGCAAGGUCAAACACAAGCACGUCAAAACUGGGCUGGCUAGCUGGGUCCAUCAAAUGAGAGAAGAUUUGGGCUAAGGAUGUGGUGAGCUAUAGAUGGAAAGAUAAGUGAGGCUGUGGAAGAGGCAAUUGAGUUGAGAAGAUGGAAAGAUGGUGAAAGAGAGGGAGGAGAGAGAGGGCUUUAGGUUUGACACGCCCAAUCCUGAGGCUAACCUUCUCGGAACAGACGGCGGCGCAGAGUUUCAAAAUCACAGCGCAGCAGCAGCAGCGCGUUAGCGUGUCUGUGCAUCCACUCUUCGGUUUGUGAGAUCAGAAUUGUUUUCUGUAAUGUGGUAAAAAAAAAAUUUCUUUAAAAGCUACUGGGAAGGGCGGUUGAAAUUGCAAUGGAGGAUUAUUAAGAAACGAAACGUCCUUCCUGUAUAAACAAGAUGUGAAAAGACUUAAAGAAGCUAGAACGAGUGAGCGUAAUCUACUUGCUGCAAGGGGGGAAACACAGGAAGAUUGGAUACAGGUCUUUUUUUUUUCUUUGUUUUUGUGUACUAAAUUUGGAUUUGAUCCCGGUUCUGGCUGGCCUGACCGGUUGUUGAUUUUUGGCAGAUCUCAAAGGGCAACAGGUGUGAUGUUUGUUUUUGCACUUUCUGGAUAAAGGCUGAACUGGUUUCUGGUUAUGAAUCUGGUCCAGAUUUUUCCUUCAUGCACUAGAACUUAGUUUUGUGUGUUUCUCUCUCCAAACGCCUCCUCCACCCUGCAAACAGACCUUUUUUUUCUCUGCCAAAAAUAUUCUCAAAGAUAGCUGAUGGGCAUAAAAUAGCCACUUGUUUUCUGUUUAAACUGACUGAAACUCAAGUUUCUUCUACCUUCUUUCUACGGCUCUCUCUCUCCCUCUGUGAGCUGGCUUUUUAUGAGGCUGAAGCAGGAGUGGCUGUUGAUAAAGUAAUACUGUGAGCAGAGGAAUGGAGGGAGGAGAGCUAAAUCAGAGUAAACACACAUGUCUCACUCUCUGAUUAUUCCAAAUUGUUUUUGAGUCACAGAGGAGCACGCACGUGCUGGACGCUACUGUGGAUCCAUACUAGCUGACGGAGUCUCCACUGAAUACAGUGUGGGUUGAGAAGGAAACAAAAAAUAGGAAAAAGAAAAUCAAGGAAGUGACAUUUUUUUAAAUUAAAAAAGGGAUUAUAACAAUAAAAGAGACGGAAAACAUCAUUGUUAAUAAUGGUGAAGGACACUUCUGCUGACACUCAAACGACCUUGCGCUCUGGCAGGACUGUCCAAUGUGGCAGGGGGAGGGGGGUCGGUGGUGGCAACAGCGCGGGGCGGCGGAGGCUCUUCCCCCUGUUGCUCUCCCUCCCCCUCUGCGCGCUGCUCUGCCUGGGGGGUCUCGCGGAGGGUGGGCUCCACUCCAGCUUCCUGCAGCGCCGGCUGAGCGUGCGUGAGAGGAAGGAGAUGCAGCGGGAGAUCCUGUCCAUCCUGGGGCUCCCCGGCCGGCCCCGCCCACACCCCCCUCUGCGGCCCCCCUCCUCCGCCCCGCUCUUCAUGUUGGACCUGUACCACGCCGUGUCAGGGGAAGGGGAGGAAGCCCCUGGCUUGGGCCUAAAACUGGACAAGCUGAGCCACGUGGCACUGCCCACCCUGAGCACCCACACCCCGCCCCUCGGGACCGUGGUCAGUGAGGCUGACACCGUCAUGAGCUUCGUCAAUGUGGUGGAACAGGAACGGGACCUCCUGCAGCAGCGGCCGUACUGGAAGGAGUUCCGCUUCGACCUGACGCCCCUGCCCCAGGGUGAGGCGGUCACGGCUGCCGAGUUCCGCAUCUACAAAACCCUGAGCAUCGGCCAGCGGAACCGCACCCUGCACAUCUCCGUCUACGAGAUUCUGAAAGAGAACCGCCACAGGGAGCCUGAGCUGGUGCUGUUAGACAUGCAGUCGGUGCCGGCAGGGCAGGAGGGCUGGCUGGCAUUCGAUGUGACCUCAGCCAGCAACCGCUGGCUACUGCACCCUCGCAGCAACCUGGGCAUCAGGCUCUAUGUGGAGACAGAAGAGGACCGCUCGCUGUCGGCGGGCUGGGUGGGGCUGGUCGGCCGGCGAGGGCCUCGCUCCAAGCAGCCCUUCAUGGUGACGUUUUUCCGGGCCAGUCAGGGUCCCUAUCGGGCGCCUCGCGCACUCAGACACAACAACCAGCGCAAGAAGAAGCCCAAGUACGACCUGCCCCACCCCAACAGGCUACCCGGGAUAUUCGACAAUAACCAUGCCAACAGUGGGCGCCAGGCUUGUAAGAAGCAUGAGCUCUACGUCAGCUUUGGAGACCUGGGCUGGAAGGACUGGGUUCUGGCGCCGGAGGGCUACUCGGCUUUCUACUGCGAUGGGGAAUGUCUGUACCCCCUGGGAUCCUGCAUGAACGCCACCAACCACGCCAUGAUCCAGCUGGUGGUUCACCUGAUGAAGCCAGAUGAGGUUCCCAAGGCCUGCUGUGCCCCAACCAAGCUUAGCCCCAUCUCCGUGCUCUUCUACGAUGACAACAACAACGUCAUCCUUAAGAGGCAGCGUAACAUGGUGGUGAAAACCUGUGGCUGCCUGUAGCACAUGUAACCCUGCAUUCGCAGAGCUUUGAAGUAUUCUACACAGAAAUGUCUCUGCUUAGACCAUGGAUUUCAGGGUCAAGGACAGCUACAACAUAUAAUAUGAUGGCUUCAGUCUGGCCUUGCCAUUCAGACACUCCAUGUGUACAGCAAAAGGACUCAAGUGUGCUGGCAUGUCAAAAAAUCUAUUGAAAAAUCAAUUAAACUGAAAAAAGGAGGAACUUACUUUAUCAAAAAUGGAGGCUAGAAAAUGAUGCUCACAUUUUAUUCCUUUAUUGCAUUUUAUUCAAAAUGGUAACCGCAAUCAGUUAGUAAAUAGAAAAUUGAUAGACAGUGCAGCCCUGCAGUUCUUUCAAACCUCAUGUUUAAAUGCUUACUUGGCUAACAGGAACGUGGACCUGGAAAAUAUACAGGUUAGCACCUCUCCAAUAACAGGGCUGCUCACUCCCAGUUUGGGCCAAUAUCAAGUACAGGCCAACUGUGGGUUUUUUUUAACCAGAGGAAGAAAAUAAUUCAUUUAAUAUACACACAUUUAUUGAAUAACAAACCAAAAUGUAGGCAUCUUUUCCAUUUCUAUCUACAAUAACACAAACAUAUGAGUUUUAAUCUUAGACAUGACUUUCCUCAAAAAGCCUCAUUUGGCUUUAAUUGCAAUUAAACAAAUUAUUGAAAGUAUAUCUAAUCAUUUUGCAAAUGGGGUGAGAGGGAGGUGGAGGGGUAGUUAAAGUGACUGAAAUCUUACCUACCUCAUGUUUUUUUAAACCACAGG